CUCAUCCAAGGAAAUUUGUGGCGACCACGUUUUGGCAUAUAGCGCCACAAUGCAAAUUUUCGUGAAAACUCUCACCGGCAAGACCAUCACCCUCGAGGUCGAGCCAUCAGACACAAUCGAAAAUGUUAAGGCUAAAAUCCAAGAUAAGGAAGGUAUUCCCCCAGAUCAGCAACGUCUGAUCUUUGCUGGUAAACAAUUGGAAGAUGGCAGAACACUCUCAGACUACAACAUCCAGAAGGAGUCUACCCUCCAUUUGGUGCUCCGUUUGAGAGGAGGUAUCAUUGAGCCUUCCCUUCGUAUCUUGGCUCAAAAGUAUAACUGUGACAAGAUGAUUUGCCGUAAAUGCUACGCUAGAUUGCACCCACGUGCCACCAAUUGCAGGAAGACCAAGUGCGGACACACAAACAAUCUCCGCCCAAAGAAGAAGUUAAAGUAGAUGGUUUAUUUCUAUCUCUUCAACUACUCAACAGGUAUUUAUCCUGUUUGUUAUAACAUCUUAUGUAUUUGAAGUUCAAUAAUACACAUUUCUUAAUUU